GAACGGGCCACAGAGGAUCCGGAAACAAGAAGCUAAAAAACAGCUAGUUAAAAAAGCGCUUCGAGCGAAAAGCCGCUGAGACGACGUCGUGGAAUGUGGUCCGCGAGUGAAAUGAAGGGGCACAGAAACGAACACGAAGCGUGCAGAAGCAGCACUCGCACUCACACCCGUUUCGCUUCUCUAUAAGCGCUUCCCCCGAGCUUUCAAAGCCUCGUUCUUCACCCUCUCUCUCUCUCUCAAAGCUUCGAACUUUCAAGUUUUUUUCUGCGGAUUGGAUUGGAUUCGGCUUCCUCCAUGUCCAGCGAGGCUGAGCCGUCUUCGCCCGGGUUCGGCACCGACGUGCCUGCCGACGUCGAGGACUACAUUUCGGCUAAAGAAGGAGAGCCAUCAUUGCCCUGGGACAUAUUUGGUCACAUUUUUGAUCUUGUGAAGAAUGGAAAUCAAGCAUUUCGAGAGAAUCGCUUUGAGGAGGCAAUUAAUUGUUACUCCAGAGCCAAUAACAUUAGACCGUGUGAUCCAAUUAUUCUUGCCAACCGAAGUGCUGCUUAUAUCAGGAUCAGUAAAUUCCUUAAACGCAUACCGGCAUCGGCUUCUGAAUAUAGAGCACGGACUGGAUUGGAUCCCACAACACAUGCUGAACUUGCGUUAAAGGAUGCGGAGAAGUUAGUCAACCUUCGAAGUAAUUCAGAAAAGGCGUACAUAUUAAAGGCCGAAACUCUCAUUUUGUUGGAGAAAUAUGAAAUGGCCCGUGAUGUUAUUCUUUCGGGUCUUCAGGUUAAUCCUUUUAGCAAUUAUCUCCAGGAAUCUUUCCAGAAUUUAGAGAGAAUACAAGCUAAUUUCACAGGGAGGAGAAGCCAUAGAAAACCAGAACGCAGUGAUGACUUUGAUUGCACACUAUGCUUAAAAUUACUAUAUGAACCUGUCACAACUCCUUGUGGGCAUUCCUUUUGUCGUUCAUGCCUAUUUCAGUCAAUGGAUCGAGGUAACAAAUGUCCUUUGUGCCGAACAGUUCUUUUCAUUAGUCCUAGAACAUGUGCAAUCAGUGUUACACUCAAUGACAUUAUACAAAAGAACUUCCCAGAAGAAUUUUCCGAAAGGAAGUUAGAGAAUGACCAAAUGACAAACUUUGGUGUUGAUUUGAUGCCACUCUUUGUAAUGGAUGUUGUCCUCCCAUUCCAGAAGAUUUCACUGCACAUUUUUGAACCGCGGUAUAGACUUAUGGUAAGGAGGAUAAUGGAAGGCAAUCGUCGGAUGGGAAUGGUUAUCAUUGAUUCUUCAACAGGUUCAAUAGCUGAUUUUGCUUGCGAAGUGGAAAUUACCGAGUGUGAGCCACUUCCAGAUGGGCGUUUUUAUUUAGAGAUUGAAAGUCGGCGAAGGUUUCGCAUAAUUCGAUCUUGGGACCAAGAUGGGUACCGUGUUGCAGAGAUUGAAUGGGUACAAGACAUUCUACCAGAAGGGUCUGAAGCGAGAGAAGAAUUGCAGGAAUUGGCAAGAAAUGCAGCAGAAUAUGCUCGAUCAUGGAUAGCGCGGGGUAAAAGAGCAGCACGUCAAGAUCGAAGACGACUGGAGAAACUUCUCGGUGUGGAAGCGAUGAUGCCUUCACUACAAGAUCCUGAACGCUUCAGCUUUUGGCUUGCCUCCUUAUCAAACCGGCGUCCUCAUGAAAGGUUGGAUCUUCUACGCUUGCGAGAUACAAAAGAGGCGGUUUCUUAUCCAUUUUUCGGUCUGCAGAGAAUACACCGGGGACGGAUGUAUCUUCAAGCGGAAGGUGCCACAUUCUCUCCCUCCGAUAGCUUUCUCAUCGAUUGUGGCUCGUCCCAACAUACCAAGCUUGACGAUGGCAGGACAUUCAAAUCAGACCGCGACACGUCUAGUCUUUUGUCCACAACCGAAGAUGUCCAAACUUCAGUUGAUUCAAUCACUGCCAAUGCCUCUUCCUCUAUACCACCUUCCUCUCAACCUUUGUAUCGCACUGCGCGAAUCUUCUCCGAAAAAUCCACCUACUCUUUCUACAUUAACAAACCGGGGCAGCAUUGGAUCAGGCUUUACUUCUAUCCACUUCCACACAACACGUAUAAUCUGACGAGCGCGGUUUUUUCAGUGAACACGGAUAAGUAUGUUCUCUUGCAUGACUUCUCCGUGACAGACAAUACGACGGUGGUGUUUAAAGAGUACAUCCUCAAUGUCACGGAAAACAGAUUUUCACUACAUUUCAAUCCCAAGAAGAAAUCGUGUGCGUUUGUUAAUGCUAUUGAGGUUGUCUCUGCCCCUGACACUAUGUUCAACAAUUCAGCUACAUCCGUUUCUCCGGUUGGAGACUUCAACAGCUUGUCUAAUUACGCUUUUCAAGUUCGUUACCGCAUAAACAUUGGAGGGCAGUUGAUAUCUCCAGGAAACGACACAUUGUCAAGGACUUGGGAGCCUGAUAGUGCAUACAACGCAUUUCCACAAGGAGCUAAAAACGUGUCUGUGGCUACGAAAGCCAUCAAGUAUCCACAUAGUGGCGCUUCUCCAUUGAUUGCCCCGAAUUGGAUUUACUCAACUGCUCAAGACAUGCGAGACUCUGCUACGAGCCAGCAGAAUUUCAACCUCACUUGGAAGUUGAAUGUCGAAGAAGAAUUUUCGUAUUUGAUUAGGUUGCAUUUUGCUGACAUUGUGAGUAAAACCCUUAACGAUUUGUACUUCAAUGUCUACAUCAACGGGAUAAUGGCCGCGUCCAACCUUGACCUUUCCUCACUCACCGGCGCGCUCUCCACUGCGUAUUACAAAGAUUUCGUGCUCAAUGCCACCGCGGUCUCAAGCGAAAAUAGUACCAUCAGAAUUCAGGUUGGUCCCGGAACUACUGGGUCAGGCUCUCAGGAUGCACUUCUUAAUGGAUUGGAGAUACUAAAGAUGACCAACGUUGCGGAUAGCCUGGAUGGUCUUUUCGGGGUUGAUGGAUCAUACAAGGGGCCGGGAAGAGUAAGCACCGUGAAGAAGAUAGUUGCCGGCGUUGGUUUGGCAAUGGGAGUGACAGCAAUGUUGUUAGUUGUUGUAGUUGUUGUCCGGUGGCGGAAAAGACCUCAAGGCUGGGAAAAGCGAAACAGCUUUUCGUCGUGGUUGCUUCCUCUCCAUUCGAGCCAAUCUAGCUUCUUCUCCAGCAAGAACAGCUCUCGCAAAUCAAGCGUCUUUGGGUCGCGCAAGAGCAAAAGCGGUUACUCAGGCUACUUCUCAUCCUAUGGAAGGUCCUUCACCUUCGCUCAGUUACAAAAUGCAACACAAAACUUUGAUGACAAGGUAGUGAUCGGCGUUGGUGGGUUUGGAAAAGUGUACCUUGGGGAGUUGGAAGAAGGCACAAAGCUCGCGAUCAAACGAGGGAAUCCAAAUUCGGAGCAGGGCAUUAAUGAAUUCAGAACGGAAAUGGACAUGCUCUCCAAGCUGCGCCAUCGCCACCUUGUUUCGCUGAUCGGAUUUUGUGAUGAGAAUAAUGAAAUGAUCCUUGUGUAUGAGUACAUGGCGAAUGGACCGCUUCGCGACCACCUCUAUGGCUCGAACCAGCCUCCAUUGUCAUGGAAACAAAGGCUUGAGGUUUGCAUUGGCGCUGCUCGCGGUUUACAUUACCUGCACACUGGUGCCGCACAAGGUAUCAUACAUCGCGAUGUAAAGACAACAAACAUUCUCCUCGAUGAGAAUUUCGUAGCAAAAGUUUCAGAUUUUGGCUUGUCAAAAGCUGCGCCUACGCUGGAACAAACCCAUGUCAGCACAGCCGUCAAGGGUAGUUUUGGUUAUCUUGAUCCGGAGUACUUCAGAAGGCAACAGCUUACUGAGAAAUCUGAUGUCUAUUCUUUUGGUGUGGUGCUUUUCGAGGCGCUAUGCGCAAGGCCUGUCAUAAACCCGGCGCUGCCAAGAGAGCAGGUGAGCUUGGCUGAGUGGGCAAUGCAGUGGCACAGGAAAGGCAUGAUUGAGAAGAUAAUCGACCCUCAUAUCGCUAGCUCAGUCGACUCUGGUUCGCUGAAGAAGUUUGUAGAAGCUGCAGAGAAAUGCCUCGCAGAAUACGGCGUAGAUAGGCCUAACAUGGGAGAUGUGUUGUGGAACUUGGAGUAUGCUUUGCAGCUUCAAGAGGCCGCCUCGCUGAUUGAUCUGCCGGAAGAUAAAACUUCCAGUCUCAUUUCUUUGGACAAAGCAAGCGAAAACGGAUCAAAGGAAGGCUCUGCUGUUGGCGUGAGUGAUGAUUCUGGAGUGACAAUUGGUUCUCCUGCGUUUGCUAAAAAAGGGAACAUUCAGGGGAGGUGAAAUUCGCCCUAGUUC